AUACUAGUCAACCUCUUCAAACUGUAAAGCUAUGUGGAGGCCAAGGGUUGUUAUCUGUAAUAUCAGCCUUUGAUCCUGGGAAAUGGAGCAUACAAAUGUGCUUUCUUUGUUGAUUCACUUCACUGACCAAGAGUAUAUCUCUUUACUUUCAAAUAAAAAUGAACCUUGCAUCCUUUCAAGGAAAUCCAAAUCUCUGUUCUAAAGAGCCUUCCUUCAGAGAUGGCCCCAGGCAAAAAGACACUCUAUUUUGUUUUUGCUUUUUUCUUCAUUUUGGAUCAGUUUCCAUCAGGGUGUAAGGCAGGACUUGAUUAUGCCCAGUUAUUUCCAGGAGGUGAGUUAUCUGUCUGUGAACCAUGCAGACUUGGUCGGGGCAAAUGUAGAAAGAUGUGCUUGGAGACUGAGAAGAUUGCUGGAUAUUGCAAGGUGAACUUGUUCUGCUGCCAAGAAAGAAUCUUAUAAAUCAGACAAGCAUUCUUCUAGCCUUAGAAGCAGCACUGGAUAUUCAAGCAAGGUCAAUAGAA